GGCGGCGGCGGCGGCCGCCGGCCCUUCCCCGCCCCCCGACAUGGGGCUGCCCGGGGAGCUGGACGCUGCGGACGACGGCGGAGGAUGCGCGCGGCGCCCCUGAGCCGGCCGAGCGGGCGGGCCGCGGGAUGAAUGACUGAUUCACAGUCGGAGAGCUGCAGAGAGGCUGGAGGGCAGGCGGUUCUGGGAUCCAGCUGGGGCCGAAUACACACCUUCCACCUUCGAUUAACACCAAAGAUGAAGAAACUGAGGCGCAAAGAAGUUAUCCACUUGGUUGAGGUCCCAGAAUAGAUCAGAACCAGGUCCUCUGUCAGAAACCUGCCCCUGGAUCCUGGCUGGCUGUCUGAUCCCCUGAGGUUCAUUUCCUGACAGACAAGGUACAAGAUUCCUAUUACUUGAAGGAUAAGGCUGGCACUGCUCAACGUCUUUGUGGAAGCUUCUGCCUCACUCCUGAGCCUCCCUGAACCUCCUUACAGCAUAUGACACAGAAUUUCCUUUUCCUAAGAUGGAGUCGAACAAAAAGAUGGACGCUGCUGGCGCACUGCAACCCAACCCAUCACUCAAACUGCAGCCUGAUCGCAGUGCAGGGUCAGUGCUGGUGCCAGAUCAAGGAGGCUACAAGGAAAAGUUUGUGAAGACAGUGGAAGACAAGUAUAAGUGUGAGAAGUGCCGCCUGGUGCUGUGCAACCCAAAGCAGACUGAGUGUGGGCACCGCUUCUGUGAGAGCUGCAUGGCUGCCCUGCUCAGCUCCUCGAGUCCAAAAUGUACAGCGUGCCAAGAGAGCAUCAUCAAAGACAAGGUGUUUAAGGAUAAUUGCUGUAAGAGAGAGAUCCUGGCCCUUCAGAUCUACUGUCGGAAUGAAGGCAGAGGCUGUGCAGAGCAGCUGACUCUGGGGCAUCUGCUGGUGCACCUAAAAAGUGAAUGCCAGUUUGAGGAGCUUCCCUGUCUUCGGGCGGACUGCAAAGAUAAAGUAUUGAGAAAAGACUUGCGGGAUCACGUGGAAAAGGCCUGUAAAUACCGUGAGGCCACAUGCAAUCACUGCAAAAGCCAAGUCCCCAUGGUCACACUGCAGAAACACGAAGAUACUGAUUGUCCCUGUGUGGUGGUGUCUUGCCCCCAUAAGUGCAGUGUCCAGACUCUUCUGAGACGUGAGUUGAGUGCACACUUGUCAGAGUGUGUCAAUGCCCCCAGCACCUGUAGUUUUAAGCGCUAUGGCUGCGUUUUUCAGGGCACAAACCAGCAGAUCAAGGCCCACGAGGCCAGCUCUGCCGUGCAGCACGUGAAUCUGCUGAAGGAGUGGAGCAACUCCCUGGAGAAGAAGGUUUCCUUACUGCAGAAUGAAAGCGUUGAAAAAAACAAGAGCAUACAAAGUUUGCACAAUCAGAUAUGUAGCUUUGAAAUUGAAAUUGAGAGACAAAAGGAAAUGCUUCGAAACAAUGAAUCCAAAAUCCUUCAUUUGCAGCGAGUAAUCGAUAGCCAAGCAGAGAAACUGAAGGAACUGGACAAGGAGAUCCGUCCCUUCAGGCAGAGCUGGGAGGAAGCAGACAGCAUGAAGAGCAGCGUGGAGUCCCUGCAGAGCCGCGUGACUGAGCUGGAGAGUGUGGACAAGAGUGCUGGGCAGGCGGCUCGCAACACAGGCUUGCUGGAGUCCCAGCUGAGCCGGCAUGACCAGAUGCUGAGUGUCCAUGACAUCCGCUUGGCCGAUAUGGACCUGAGGUUCCAGGUCCUUGAGACCGCCAGCUACAAUGGCGUGCUGAUCUGGAAGAUCCGAGACUACAAGCGCCGGAAGCAGGAGGCCGUCAUGGGGAAGACCCUGUCUCUCUACAGCCAGCCUUUCUACACAGGCUAUUUUGGCUAUAAGAUGUGUGCCAGGGUCUACCUGAAUGGGGACGGAAUGGGAAAAGGAACACACUUGUCGCUGUUUUUUGUCAUUAUGCGUGGAGAAUAUGAUGCUUUGUUGCCAUGGCCGUUCAAGCAGAAAGUGACACUCAUGCUGAUGGAUCAGGGGUCCUCUCGACGCCACCUGGGAGAUGCAUUCAAGCCUGAUCCCAACAGCAGCAGCUUCAAGAAACCCACUGGAGAGAUGAAUAUCGCUUCUGGCUGCCCAGUCUUUGUCGCCCAAACUGUUCUAGAGAAUGGGACGUAUAUUAAAGAUGAUACAAUUUUUAUUAAAGUCAUAGUGGAUACUUCGGAUCUGCCUGACCCCUGACAAGCAACCGGGGAGGUGGAUUCAGCAGAAGGUAACUCCUCUGGGGGGUUGAAGCGGUCUGUCUUCACGAAGGUCCUCGCCCACAGAAAGGACCAUGUGGGACAGGGUAAGCAGCCGGAGGAGGAGGAUGCGUGGCUGGCAGGAGAAGCCACACGUGAAAAGAGACCCCAACGGAUUUCCUAGUAGACUAGCCACACUCACUCUGAAGAAUUAUUUAUCCUCCAGUAAGAUAAAUAUUGCUGUCAGAGAAGGUUUUCAUUUUCAUUUUUAAAGAUCUAGUUAAUUAAGGUGGAAACAUAUAUGCUAAAAAGAAACAUGAUUUUUCUUCCUUAACUUGAACACCAAAAAGAAAACACACAUGGAGGUAGCUGGAUGUGUCAGCAUGUUAAUUUAAAAGGAGAACUUAUGAAAUAAUAAUACAAUUCUGAUAUAUUCAUCCUAAAAUUCAAGAGUGCAAUCUUGUUUCAAAUAUAGUAUAUUGUCUAUUUUUAAGGCCUCAUCUGGUCUCUGUUUUAAUAAUUUGUUUGUCAGAAGGCCCUGAGUAGACAGAAAGUCCCUAAAUUCAGAAGUCAUUUUUAAUUUAAAGUUUUACAAAUAAUUGUUACUGCAAACAUUUUGUUUUAAAACGUUGAUAGACUGAUAUUUCUUGGAAGAAAAUGUAAAAUAUCAAACACUGGUUAUCACUUGUGAUAGGAAAGAGAAUAUUCAAACUGUCGUUAUUUCUCGUUAGAAAUGUGACCCUUCGAUACCUGUUGUAGUUAGUGACACUAUUCACAAUGACUGUGAGAGGGGACAGUGCUCAUGGAUGCUGUGCAUCGUUUCAGACGUACAACUGUUCUCACCCUAAAAUAGGGCAUUAGUUGAACUUUGGAGUUCUAAACAAAGUCCUGUAGAUUUUUAAAAUUCUGCCCCAUGUUUAGACAAGCUCUCUCUGUUGCUGACAGCACCAGCCGUGAUCUCCAGUGUCCAGUGUACCGGGAUAGGCAGGUGACCCAGCAAGUGUUUCUCAUACUGUCAUACUGCUGCAUUCGGCUAAUGCUCUCCGGAAGCAACGUCUGUGCUCAGAGAUGGUGGCAUACGGUACAUGUGCCUUAGAUGUGACAUGCUGCUUCUUGUCCCUGGGUUUGCAUUCACCAUGGUUCUAGAAAGUGAUAGUUUAACCAGAUCUCUCUCUCUCUCUCUCUCUCUCUCUCUCUCUCUCUCUCUCUCUCUCUCUCUCUCUCUCUCUCUCUCUCUCUCCACCACCAGAUCUUUGUCUCUGCUAGGGCCCUCAGACAACUCCAAACCUGCCUGGGGGGAGCCAGGCCUCCACUGGCCGCUUCUGGAGGCUCUAAUAUUCAGAUUCCCACUCUAGACCCCAAGAGCAGCCCAGUCCCACCCCAGGGGUCUCCACCCAGAAGCCACACCCUUCCAGGUCUCCACAAGGACUGUGAAAACCCCAUUCCCCAUAGCGUGAAGGAGAAACCCCCUGCCCUAAGCAUUCCCAAGACCGGACCACUGGUCUGGGGCCUGCCCUGGCUGGCCCACAGUGGCCCUGGCCUCCCUGUAGAAGGAUGGUCAGUGAUGCCCCAGCCUGUCCCGCCCAGAUGGCACUCUGAGCUUACUGUUUACGUCCCUCGAAGGUCCAGCUGUGAUAGAAGCCUGGAGCCCUGCCUCGGUGCCCCUUUCGCUAUGCACCACGCUUCAUGGUGCUCUCACACUGAUGGGUGCUACACGCGACGGGUGCUUCUUAGGCAAAACCAGUGUGUGCGAGCCACCACAUCUGUGCCACUUGCCCAAAAGGCGCGCCCACAAUUGGCCAGCUGGGCCCGCGCUUCAGACUGCCUGCCUCUGGGCUCUCCCCAUGGUCGCGCGGGGACAGCUGGGUUGGUGCCCGGUGGCCCACCUUGUCUCUGGUGCUGCCGUCUGCCUGGGUGUGCCUUUGCCCCAGUGCCUGCUGGAAGUGCCCUCCUCCUGCACACCUGUCCCCAUGUUUCCACGAGUGACCUGGUCUCCAGCACUUGCCCUGCCCUGCCCUGCCAUGGCUGAAACGUUUGGUUCUAAGCCCGUUACUCCUUCCAUUCUCCGCUCUGCUGGGACCACUUUGGGGUAAGUCAGUGGAAAGAUUGCAGAGCCCGUGUCCUUUUAGAGGUGCCCUCUUCCUCUGCCAGGCCUGUCCUCCAGGGUUCUUCCCCAGAGACCUGGGGUUGGGAGGACCACCUGGCAGUCCUCAGCUGGCCUCAGGUAGCUUUGCAUGGCAGCGUCACCCCUGCAGCACCCUUUGAAGAAGUCAGUUCAGUGCCAGUGGGUAGAGGCCGGCAGCAUCGUGGGCUGUUAAAAAGCAUGCCUGUCUUUAGGAUUAGAGCCUGGUAUGAGGUCCCUCCCUGGUAGUAAAACUUCUACAAGACUCUCCCUAUGUGAUAAGCGCCCUCCUGGCCUUCCCCUGGGUUCCUGUGGGAUGUGAGUAAAGAGACUAAGCAACUGUUGUCCCCUGGGAUGAGGGCCUAGCGUGUGACAGCUUUCUGUUCUGUAGUGUCUUGCAUUCCUUGGUAACAGUAGAAUAGUGGGCAAACUUAUACCUUCGUGCCCUGUCUCUCAAUGUGUGAAGGGCGUGCCGAGACGUGUCUCCUAGGAGGUGUGGAGUGCAUCACAUCCUCCCUGGGUGUGCCUUGCUCUGGUCCAUCUCAUCAUCCCUUGGUGCCCCCUUUGGUGCUCACCACCUGGGCCAGUUUGGGCUGUGGUCUCAGCAUAGUUGAGGCCCUGUUGCCAGUUCUGGCAGCCAGCCCUCCCCAUCUCACAGGGUCCUGGCCACACAAAACACAGGGUGGUCAUGUGGUAUGUGUACCUGGCUUUGCAAAAGUGUCAAUCGCUCGUCCUUUAAAGGGCCAUUUGUUCCAUGGCCUCCAUGAGGAAGUUGGACACAACUUCUGCUUACCUGAGGCAGUAUCCCGUGCCAGCUCAGAACUGCCCCUGGGAAGAUGCAAGCCACUAAGUUGCAAUGUGUCUUGAGGCCUGACCCAUGGUUUUUGUGAGUAGCUGAUAGCCUGUGUCAGUAGCAACCCAGGACAAGGGUGGCAGUGAGUGCCUUCCUCCCUCAUUGGUCAGGAAAAGGAAGGUAGCCUGAAGGGCCCUGGGCUGGGCCUCCCUUUACUUCUUGGGGACAGACAGUCCCAACGGAAGCCGUGUAGCAUGCCAGGCUGUGGGUAAGACAGAGCAGCGGGUGAGAUUGCGGAUGGGUGUGUGUGAUGGGCUCAUUGAGGAGAAUAAUGCCCACGUCCCAGCCCACCCAGCUCCCAUCUGUCUAGACCCAUGCUCAGCACUCAGAGAAGCAAAGGGCUGUUGAGAGGCUGCACCACAUCUGCCCCCUGGAGUAGCCUGUGCACAGAUGCACAGUGUCCCUAAGGCAGCAGUCAGCGGGGGAGGUGAGUGCCUACUGCCGCCCUGCCUCCGUUUCCUCCCGGGACUGGGGCUCCAGGAGCUGUGGCAUGAUACACUGCUGUGGCUUUGCUCCCUGGGCAGCCUCCAGCAGGGCUCAGACCCGCCACCACCACAUCCCCUUGUAGUUGGUUUUGUCUGACUGUCUGUGGUCAGCCUCAUGAGGACCUAGAGGUCAGACACAGUCCUUUGUGGGUAGCUAGCCACCUUCCCUGUUCUCCUUAGUCUGCCCCAGAGUCCCGCCUGGAGUUGGGACCACAUGCCUGCUGUCUUGGGCCCAACAUUAAUGAUGCCACUAUAACUAAACAGUAUAUGUAGCAGUCACCCAUGGCAGGCCUGACACUGAUGGACUGUGUAUCCAGCAAAGGGGAGGGUGUCUGGGCGCGCCAAGUAACAGAGUCCUGGGUGGACUACUCCUGCCAGCCCAAGAGGAAACCAGGGGGAGUGUCAACAGCGCGGCCCCUGCCCCCUCCUUCCCCCUGCACACUGCCAAGCAUUGCAGGGACAGCACUUGGUACCUGGCCAAGACAUUUCCCACCUGACAGGUCCCUGCCCUCCCAUACAUCCCUCUGCUUGGGACCAUCGGUGAAUGGAGAAGGGCUUGGUGGAGCUUAGGGUACUAUCUCCCCCUUUUUCUUUUCCCUUCUUUUUUAAUUUUUAAUCCAGCACUUUCCUGACUAGACUGCAGGAGAGCUAGUGUGAGUUCCAGGCAUGCCAUUGUGUCUGAGUGUGUGUGACAAAUGAGGGUCUACCCCCAAAUCUUCUCAGACUAAGAUCAUGGUUCUGUCUUCCGUUUGCAAAUCCAUAGCAGCUCUUUUCUCCAAGCUAGAAUGUGUCCACGGGCUCUGGGUCUGGUGAGGUGAUAGUCGGCAACUGACCCAGCCAUCAUUACCCAUGUCACCCCAGCUGAUAUUGGUUGCCAUGGGCACUGUGGCAUCAGGGAGCCAGGUCAGUGAGGACAGUAAAAAGAGGCCAGCAGCCUGGCCCAAAGGUCUGGACAUAUCCCAGCCUGUUGCCCAUUUGGAGGGUUCCCUGGGCACCAUUGCUAGGCAGGUGGGCAGGGACCCACACCAAGCUAAGCGGGCCCAAGCAGCCAAGUAGAGUAUAUGAUUCAUUUCCCCUGCCACACCAUGUCUAGAGUCUUGUGAGUUCACUGUGGAGAGGAGGUGACAGGUGCAGGGUCACUGUGCCACUCUGUAGUCAGUGGUGACUGGUACACACCUUUAGUCCCCUUAGUCAAGUAACCUUCAAAGGCAAAUAAAUGACCUAAUUGGAAAACACAAAAGCCGGCCUUCCUUCCGAGGAGUUGCCUGCGGGAGUGGGGUCACUGCAGGCUGUUGUGGAGAUGGCACGCCUCUUGGGUUUAGUUCUAUUACCCAAAAACAAAGACCAAAGAAGGCCAAUCUCAUUUGACUGUAUUUUUAAUCUGCCUGUGUUGACACUUGCCGUCUGUAGUAACCGCUCGCCGUGAGGUUCCAUCUUGACAGUCCAAGUGAAUGUGACCAGUGAUUAGCGUCCCGUGUUCUUCCGCUCUUCUAAGAAACCGACAGUGUGAGUUAUUGCUCAGCAAUAAUCCUGUCACUAGGUUAGCAACAUGUCUCAUCUUCCUGAUAGCAUUAUGAUGUUUUUGUAUUCUGUUUACUGUAUGUUACGUGUGGUUUCAUUUGGUAUUUAUUUGUGUUUUGAGGUCUUGCGAUGUUUCUGUUCUGCUGCUAAUAAUAAAGUUUGUAAGACUGUAGAAUGCAAAAUUUUGCAAUGCUAAAGUGUCUGUUAGAGAAAAAUAAAGCUGAUUUAAGAGUC